AAUUUUUAAAUAAACCAACGCUUUCUUGGGGGAAUGCGGCAACCCUAACGGCUGACUCUUGCUGGCUCUCUUUCAGUGCUGCACAAUGCCAGAGCAAGAGUGCUGCUCAACACUGCUCAACACCGUCUGAUUUUUACCAGCCAGAAAUGUUUUGUGUGUGUUGCUAAUGUUUAUAUUCCUGAGAUACAAAAUUAUGUCUUGCAAGAAAAUGAAGUGAAGCAAAGUGAAGGGAUUGAUGUUUGUGCGAUGCCACGCCUCGCCGCGAGCGAGGUCCAUUCCCGCCCCCGCCGUCGUCGACGCCAUCCCGCGCCGCCCCUCCGCCCCCACAGUCGCGCCAGGAAAUGAGAAAUCAUAAAAGAUUAUGAACGAAAAUAUGAACUAUACCGGACGAUGUACGUGAAUACAUGUGUUACGCUCAAGGUGUGUGUGAAGUGCAACAAUAAUAACAAGCAUUAGACUUGUUAUCAGUCGACAAACAGCAGCGGAAACUCAAAAUUCCGAGCAAACAAAAAUGCGCGACAACUAGUGAUUCUUAUUUUUUGUUGUUGUUGUUGCUGCUGCCGUUGGAAUCCCCGCCUCACAUAUACACCAGCACUCUCGCAGCACACGGACGCACUAGCCCCAUCACGCCCCCCACUCACCCCGUCACUCAGCCACCAAAACGAGAAAAAUUCGAAGAAUCCCAAAUAUUUGGGUAAUCCAAAAAAUAAGCAACAAUUAUAGCGGAGAUUAAGCAGAAAUUAGCCAUAAAAUGCAGGCCAAGAAGCGGUACAUUCUGGUCUUCGUAUCCUGCGCCUUUUUGGCCUACGCCUACUUCGGCGGCUACCGGCUGAAAGUCUCGCCGCUGAGACCCCGUCGCGCCCAGCACGAAUCGGCUAAGGAUGGGGGCGUUCAACCGUACGCCCAGCUGCCCGGCUUCCUGGGUCGACAGGAGGCCCUGGAGAUGCAUCUCACCCAGGGGAAUCGCUCCGAGAUCCCCGAGAAACCGAAGACUAUCAAGAGUUCCGAGUGCCGUAUGGAGACCUGCUUCGAUUUCACCCGCUGCUACGAUCGGUUCCUGGUCUAUGUCUAUCCCCCCGAGCCGCUGAACUCCCUGGGUGCUGCCCCGCCCUCGUCCGCCAAUUACCAAAAGAUACUCACUGCCAUCCAGGAGUCGCGCUACCACACCAACGAUCCUUCGGCCGCCUGCCUGUUCGUCCUGGGCAUCGAUACCCUGGACCGGGACUCGCUCUCCGAGGACUACGUCCGAAAUGUGCCGUCGAGAUUAGCGAGAUUGCCGCACUGGAACAAUGGACGCAAUCAUAUAAUCUUCAAUCUCUACUCGGGCACCUGGCCGGAUUACGCGGAGAACUCGCUGGGCUUCGAUGCCGGCGAGGCGAUCCUGGCCAAGGCCAGCAUGAGUGUCCUGCAGGUGCGGCACGGAUUCGAUGUCAGCAUUCCGCUCUUCCACAAACAGUUCCCCCUGCGAGCCGGCGCCACCGGAUCCGUGCAGUCGAACAACUUUCCCGCCAACAAGAAGUACCUGCUGGCCUUCAAGGGCAAGCGGUACGUGCACGGCAUUGGCUCGGAGACAAGAAACUCGCUCUUCCAUUUGCACAAUGGACGCGACAUGGUCCUGGUUACCACCUGUCGUCAUGGGAAGAGUUGGCGGGAGCUGCAGGAUAAUCGCUGUGACGAGGACAACCGCGAGUACGACAGGUACGACUACGAGACUUUACUGCAAAAUUCCACUUUCUGUUUGGUUCCGCGUGGACGUCGUUUGGGUUCCUUUAGAUUCCUCGAAGCCCUGCAGGCUGGAUGCAUACCUGUGCUAUUGUCCAACGCUUGGGUGUUGCCGUUUGAAUCGAAAAUCGAUUGGAAGCAGGCCGCCAUUUGGGCCGAUGAGCGCCUCCUGCUGCAGGUACCAGAUACAGUGCGCUCGAUAUCGGUGGAACGAAUCUUUGCUCUACGCCAGCAGACUCAGGUCCUGUGGGAACGCUACUUUGGCUCCAUUGAGAAAAUCGUCUUCACAACAUUCGAGAUCAUACGCGAACGACUGCCGGAUUAUCCGGUGAGGAGCAGCCUGGUGUGGAACAGCUCGCCGGGUGCUCUGCUCACGUUGCCCACCUUUGCCGAUAGUUCAAGAUACAUGCCGUUUCUGCUGAACUCGAUGGGUGCUGAACCGCGACACAACUACACGGCGGUUAUUUACGUCCAAAUUGGCGCCGCCCUCGGGCCGAAUGCAGCGCUCUAUAAACUAGUCAAGACCAUCACCCGGAGUCAGUUUGUGGAUCGAAUUCUUGUGCUGUGGGCAGCGGAUCGGCCACUGCCAUUGAAGAAACGCUGGCCCCCCACCAGUCACAUACCUCUGCACAUUAUUUCAUUGGGCGGUAGCACAAGAAAUCAGGGAUCGGGAACGGGAACGGUAGCGGGAGCGGGAGCUGGACCCACAAGCCAGACGACUGAAGGACGACCGAGCAUAUCACAACGUUUCCUGCCCUACGAUGAGAUUCAAACCGAUGCUGUGCUCUCCCUGGACGAAGAUGCCAUCCUUAAUACGGAUGAGCUGGACUUUGCCUACACAGUGUGGAGGGAUUUUCCGGAGCGCAUUGUUGGCUAUCCGGCCAGAGCACAUUUUUGGGAUGAUUCCAAGAACGCCUGGGGCUAUACGUCCAAGUGGACGAAUUACUAUUCUAUUGUGCUAACGGGAGCGGCCUUCUACCACCGCUACUACAACUACUUGUACACAAACUGGCUGUCGCUGUUGCUCCUUAAGACUGUACAGCAGUCCUCCAACUGCGAGGAUAUCCUAAUGAACCUGCUGGUCUCGCAUGUGACCAGGAAGCCGCCGAUCAAGGUGACGCAGCGGAAGGGCUACAAGGAUCGGGAAACAGCCCGUUCGCCGUGGAAUGAUCCUGAUCACUUCAUCCAGCGUCAGAGUUGUUUGAACACCUUUGCGGCUAUUUUUGGCUAUAUGCCGCUGAUACGUUCCAAUUUGCGCAUGGAUCCCAUGCUAUAUCGUGAUCCAGUUUCCAAUUUGCGCAAAAAAUACCGCCAGAUCGAGCUGGUCGGCAGCUAGCGAUAUGUGCAUCCUGGCAAUAGCUACAAGCGUUAAGAGUACUGACUACAUACGUAUACACCACAACCACACCCACACCCACACCCACAGCAACACCUACAGCCACAUUUACACAAAAACCAAACACGUACAUAAGUUUAGAUGAAAUGCUGUUUACUGACGCUGGCCAAGCGACGCAAGAAGUAUGUUAAUUAUUAUUAGUAGAAACAACUAUAACAAAAAAAAGGGAAAAGUAAUGAGAUGACCUUAGUUAGGAGCCACCCCAAAACGGGCGUAUGUAAAUGUAUGUAUGUGUACAUCGGUGUAAGCGCAUCCAGAAUUGCCAUCACAUAUGCAAUUCGUGUGUAUAUAUAGACUUUAAUAUAUGAUUAUGUGUAUUAGCCCAGUUAACUGCAAGCGAAGGAGACGCUUGUGAUUUUGCCAUCUUUUUUGUGCUAAUUACAAAUUAGCUAAGCUACACAAUUUUUCUACGAGAAUGCAUACAUACAAUACAUACAUGUACCAUGUAAAGAGAUAUAUAUAUAUAUGUUUAGGUAUAUAAGUAGCCGAUUUUUUGUACUGUGCGAGUUGAGUUUUUUGUAUGUGUCAUUGUAAAUGUUUGUAUGUCAUUGUUGUAACUCUCCUCCAUGUAUAGUUAGUGGUUUACCAAUGUGAACGUGAAUGUGGACAUGGCAAGUAUUCUCAGUUCGAGGCUCACGCUAAGGCACCAUCAAAUUCCGUAUCGAUUACUGAUUUAAAUGUAAAUUUUGAUUAACUAUGGCCAUUUUAUAUACUAUAUAUAUACAUACAUAUAUAUGUAGCAGCAACAGCAGCAACAAGCAGCAACCAAGAGGACGAACGAAACUCUUUCCAGGCCAUUAUCCAACAAAUCGUGCACAAAGUCAGUAGAAGCGAGGCAAUUAAAUAAUUCUAAGUUUUAAAGUUAAGUAGCUUUCCAUUUCCAAUUUGUUAUGUGCAAUUUUUAUUUGGACAAUUCAGCUUUUAGUUUUUAGCGUGGCCAUUUUACUAAUGUACGUAAAUCAAUUACCAAUAUGCAAUCAAAUUUUUGUAUCAUAGUGUCGCAUAUCAAAGUAAUACUCCCCGAGACCAGGGAGCACCAAGUUUUAUGUUUAAGAAACCAAACAUUUAUAUAUAUACAAUAUCUUAAGUGUGAAGAUAUUUUUUACAACAAAUAUACACGAUUACCGAUGAAUUUGAA